CUCGAUCCAUAAAAUCACUCUACUACACUCUUACAGGCUCAUACCGCUCACACAGCUCGUUCAUCUCCCACACUACACUAUCCUUACUCCCGUUAACCCGAUAAUGCUAUGCUAAGAUUCCUCCGCACCGCAAUGGCUUCUCUCACCACUCCUCUCCGCGUCCCCAUCCCCGCCAACGGGGUCGACUACCGUGGCAAAGUAGUCCUGGCCCCCAUGGUGCGCUCCGGCGAAUUGCCCUCCCGCCUCAUCGCCCUCAAGUACGGCGCUGAUCUCGUUUGGGGCCCCGAAACCAUCGACCGGGCCAUGGCAGGCGCCGUCCGCCGCGUGAACCCCCGCAACGGCACUAUCGAAUUCACCCGCAUGCCCUCCAACGGUGGCCGCACCGAAAAGGCAGGCCAAGAAUCCGUGAUUUACCGUCUCGACCCCGUCCGCGAGAAGGGCAAGCUCAUCUAUCAAAUCGGCACUGCCACGCCUGAAAUCGCCGUCGAAGCAGCCAAACUUGUCGCGGGCGAUGUCGCCGGUAUUGAUGUGAACUCGGGAUGUCCGAAGCCCUUCAGCACGAGCGGUGGUAUGGGUGCGGCGCUUCUCAAGACACCGGAUAAAUUGGUUGCGAUCCUGGAAGCCCUGGUGAAGGAGGUCGGGACGCCGUUCCAGAUCGGUAUUUCGGUCAAGAUCCGCAUCUUGAAAGAUCCGGAGGAGACAAGGGCUUUGGUGUCGCGGCUUGUGAAGACAGGUAUUACAGGCUUGACGGUGCAUUGUCGGACUCCGCCCAUGAGGCCCCGUGAACGCGCUAUCCGUGAUCAGGUGCGCAUGAUUGCCGACAUCUGUCAUGAGGCUGGUGUCGCCUGUGUCAUAAACGGUGAUGUAACCUCCAAAGACGAAGGCCACGCCUUGAUGAAAGAAUUCGGCGUCGACGGCGCCAUGAUCGCCACAUCCGCAGAAGCAAACCCAUCCUGCUUCCGUACCGAAGCUGAGGGCGGCCUUCUCCCUUGGAAGGAGGUCGUUCACGAAUACAUCAAGUUCUGUCUCGAGUCCGAGAACCGCUUCGGCAACUCCAAAUAUCUCCUUAACAUCCUCGUCCCCGGCAAGCUCCAGGAAGGCAAGAACGCUAAGGCAGCCAGAUCCUACGCCGACACAUGCCAUGCCCUCGGCUUCGAGGACCUCCUUCCCCUCGCCAUGCAGGUGGACGACAUCCUCAACCUCACCGACAAGUCAGUUACCACCAAAGACCUCCAGCCCGAACACAUCCGCAGCAAGGCUGUCCAGAACGCCAUGGAGAACAACGAAUCCGCACGGGCUGCUGGCGGUGCCUCUCGCGUCAAGUCUACCUCCCCCGCAGUCAGCGCAGGCGGGCCCAUUCGCACCAACUCCAUCCCAGCUCCUACGAAGACCAAGGCUGAGGCGGAGACCCAGGCUGAUGUCUCUGUUCCGGUCCCUGAUGCUGCGCCCCAAAAGCAGGAGCUGACAGCUUAACUCUUACCUGAUGCCUCUGCAUCCCCUUGCUUCCUUGUCUUGCCUUUCUUCCCCUGCCUUUUUUUGGUUUCCAAGCUACUAUCGCAUUAUCUGGUGUUGUAUAUCGGUUCCCCCAUUUGCUGCAUUUUAAUUAGAUUCCCACGGUGUGUUGUUAAUAGAGGCUCUCGUGUUCUAGGGAUUAUACAUAACAUAGUACUACACGAAUAUAUACGAUACGAAUGAAAAAUUACUAGUUAGUCA